CCCAAACCAACUGUAUAAAGAGUGAAGUCCGCCAGUGCUUUGAGGACGAGAAUGAGAAGCCUCCUCAGCAUCCUCGUACCAACCAUUGUUGGUGCCACAUGCCUCAGCAACGCGAUUCCUGCUGGCGAACGGCAACACUUGGAGAAUUCCAAAGGGCAGUCGUAUCCCAUUGGAAUUUGGAUUCCUGAUUGGGCGGCCGGUUAUGCAGCAAACGCCCUUGUGGCAAUCCUUUUGGAGGAGGUCUUCGGUUUUAACACCACCGAGGCUGUUGGGUCCGGCACUCCAAGUGCCUUCUAUGCCACCAGCGCGUGUGCCGAUCCCAACAACCUCGAGGAGCCGCAGUGCGGCAAUGAUCAGGUGGCACGAUAUCAUGUCAGCCUUGAGUCAUGGACGUCCUACAACCCAGCUCUUUGGACAACGCUUCACGAGCAAUACCCUACAGUGGCCAGCAAAAACCUGGGCAACAUGGGAUAUGAAGGAGUCGUUUCAACCUUCGUACCGACCUUGGACAUCAAGAAGGCAUAUCAGAGUGAAGGCUUGAACUUGUUGUACUUCCGCAACUGGAAUGCUUCAUGGUAUAAGCCCUACAAGUACUUUGACUCGCUCUCGAUGAUCAAUGCCUCAAAAGUGGUGAAAUUAUGCAGUGACAAGACCAAUUUCUUGUCGCAUGAUUCCAUUAUGCAGCGCCAUGUGAAGUGGACUGGAGAUGCCGAUGGGGUCUUGAUCAACAACGGUGUCUAUGCUGGAAGAUGUGACGAUGGAUAUUGGUGGACGGCUCCUUCCUGCCGAUCGAACACGACAGAAUGCGUCCCAUGGGUCACGGGUGGCUUCGGCUGGGGAAUCGAGGAAUACAUGCAAAAGAGCACGAUCUUCCAGAUCCCGAUGGCCAUUGGGGUGGCACUUUCAUGGGCGACCUACACAGAGUUUCCAUUUUGGCAUCCCAAGUCGCACUUCUAUUGGUGGAUUCCGGAUCCCACCUUUCUGGAGCUUCAGCCGCUUCAGAUGAUUUUUCCACCGCAUGACCGAAUCGCCUACAGCAAAGGUGACAUGUCCUCGGCGACCUCCUCGGUGUCGAUCGACAAGUUGGUGAGUAAAGACCUCAGUCUGUUGGCGCCCAACGUGGAAAGCUUCCUGAGCAACCUGAAGGUGACGAUGGCACAAAUGGACCAGGUCUUACUGGAUCAGAAGAACACCAGUGACAGUUGGAGGGACACCAUGUGCCGUUGGUUGCAUGCGAACACAGAGGUCUGGCAAUCCUGGAUCCCAGAUGAGAGUCGAUGCUUCCCUGGCUUUGGACUCUACGACACGGUGCUGGAAAGCUUCACGGAGCAACGUGUGAACACCAGCAACAAGAUCGUGUGUCAGGCGUGGGGGUGUUUCCACCGAGGGGUUGAGCUGUCUGUCGCGAAAAGCAUGGUAGCCGCGGCUACAGCUGAGCCGAUAGACUGGAGAAGCUUUGAGCGGGUUGUCGGCGACGGUGGACGCGAAUUGGGAACCGGAACUGACGAGAACGUGAUGGAACAAACAUGUUCCAGGCAUGUGCCCGAAAGCCUCUGGUUAGAACAUUUUGGUCAGAAUCUGAUGUUCAAGCCAGCACACAAAUCUCUUCUCAGACGCAUCCCACUUUAG